AUGACAAUUAACAACAUAGUUCAACCAAAGUUCUCUGCAAUUGCCGUAGGCGAUGAUAUAUAUAAAGUCGAAUGCGUCGAUGGUGAGUACUUAUCCGUUUUUAAAGGCAAAAUUGGAAUUCCUUUUGAAAUGUUAGAUGUCAAAGGAGAAUCUCCAGUAAAUCGCGAUUUAUUUAGCCUUACAGUUAUUGACGACGAUUCAUUUCUCCUUACAGGCGGAAUUUGCCCUUCAAUUUUGGAGUUUGAUAUUUGGCGUUUUAAUAUUUCAAAGAAUUCAUGGACUAAAUUAACGAAUUGUGGACAAAGAGUACCGUGCAGAAAAGGACAUUGUUCGAUAUUAUGGUAUUACGCAGGAUGUUCUCGAUUAUAUGUAAUUGGAGGCGCAAGCUUUGUAUAUUUACGCAAAGACAUACUUUGUAUCGAAUUCAAUGGGGAUACAUUUACAGCUACAAGUAUUCCUUUGGAAGCAGAUGGACUUCCUCCUCGAGUUUUUUGUUCAGUUUCUUUAAUUCAAAACAGAUUACGCGUUUUCGGUGGAUUAGACGAGAACGGUAAGAUCCUUGGUGAUCUGUGGGAUCUUUCCGCUACAUAUCAUAACCCUGCAGUCAUGUGGACUCCGAAAAAUCAUUUAAGCGGACAUAACUCAAAAUCUAUCGAAAAAAUGGGCAGAUACAACCACAUUUCCUACGUAGUUGACGACCACGUCUACAUUGUCGGCGGAAUCGGUCGAAAUGGCCCAUUAAAUAAUGUCGCCGCUCCAUGGGAGAUCAAAAACAUCUACGAAGCCGAGGAACCUGUUAUUUACAGUAACAAGGGACUCGUGGAAGUCUGCGAUCCUCCGAAACUCGUAGAAUUGAACAGUAUUUACACGCAAAUGGACAUUUUAUUCGACGACUUGAGGCAAAAAGAAACUCUCUACACCCAAACAAUAGAACUGAAGAAGCACUUGCGGCAACAACGUAUAGAAGAGCAGAAACUCAUUUCCCAGGAGUUUUCUGAAGAAUUUUUCAACGAAGUAAUGGCAAGUAAGAUGGAAGAAAGGGAUAUCUUGAUGGAUGAGCUCUCACAAUCACUCGUGGAACUCACAAACUUCCAAUUCUCCGGUAGAGAAUCAAAUGGAAACGGAAUUAAAGCAAUUAUUUGUUUCUUCGAGUACCAAUUAAGGAAAAAGAAGAAGAUCCAUGAAGCAAAAUACAAUCUACUUAAGAAGGAAAUCGAAAUUGCUACUGAAAAGCUCAAUAAAAUGCCACAAGUCGAAAUUAUAAAAUAUGAUACAGGAAAUUACGACAGUAUAUGGAAGAUUAUUGAGCCAAUGAAUAAUUCAGAUAGAUCUGCUAUAUUAGAUCAGUAUAUUACUCGUCAAUUACUUGAUCUUGCAGAACUUAGAGAUAAAUGCGCCAGAUACAAACAGAAAAAGCACAAAGACAUGCAAUCCUGCAUCAGAAUAAUAUCAAAGACUGCUGAAAAUGCAUCGGAAACACUCGUGGAAGCCAAGAAAAGCCAUCAAAGAUGGUAUGACCGUUUGGAUGCCCUGCAAAAGGAUCUUUUGGACGCAGAAAGUUUUAACGGGGCAAUACAAAAAGGUCUGGACAGAAACGUUGUUUCAAGACUGUUCGAAGCAAGGUGGAAGCUGAGGGAUGAACUAGAAAAACUUUGCGACCACACAGCUGAACUCAACGAGAUAUACGAUCGCGUGAAGAAACUCAAGGCUGAUGAACAACGAGAAGGAAGAACUGCGAUUAUUGACGCAAUGCCAGAACUUUUAUCACUUUGUAAGACUUUGGAAUAA